AUGUCAACAGCUCCAGCAAAACCCGCCUCGAAACAAGUUGCACCGCCAAAUUACAAAUGCGUAUUGAGUUUGAAAGGCCAUACGAAAGCGAUUUCUUGCGUUAAAUUCUCAGAAGAUGGCCUUUGGUUGGCCUCGGCAAGUGCUGAUCGAACCAUUAGAAUUUGGAAUGCGUAUGAUGGAAAUAUAGAAGCGGUGAUAGCUGGGCACAAGCUGGGAAUUAGCGAAAUCGCCUGGUCAAACGAUUCGACCCUUUUGUGUUCUGCUUCAGACGACAAAACAGUCAAGAUCUGGGACGUCGGUACAAGGAAAUGUCUCAAAACUCUCAAGGGUCAUACAAACUACGUGUUAUGCUGUGGCUUCAACCCACAAAGCUCGCUCAUCGUCUCUGGCUCCUUUGACGAGUCCGUGCGAAUUUGGGACGUAAAGACUGGCAUGGCACUGAAGUGUCUUCCAGCUCACUCGGACCCGGUUUCAGCGGUACACUUUAACCGGGAUGGCUCGCUCAUCGUUUCUUCCAGUUACGACGGACUCUGCCGUAUUUGGUGCACUUCGACCGGCCAGUGUUUGAAAACAUUAAUUGACAAUGAUCCAACAAAUCCACCUGUUAGCUACGUAAAAUUCUCACCAAACGGAAAGUACAUUCUUGCGGCAACACUCGACAACACCCUGAAACUCUGGGACUACAGUAAAGGCCGCUGUUUGAAACAGUACUCGGGUCAUCAGAAUAAAAAGUAUUGCAUUUUCGCUAAUUUUUCCGUCACGGGAGGAAAAUGGAUUGUUUCUGGAUCAGAAGAUAAUAAGGUCUAUUUGUGGAACUUGCAAACAAAGGAGAUCGUCCAAAAACUUGAAGGGCACGAGGAUGUAGUGAUCUGCACCGCAGUGCAUCCCAAUCAAAAUAUGAUCGCUUCUGGCGGCCUCGAAGGAGAUAAAUUAAUGAAGGCAGUUAUUCUUGUUGGAGGUUUUGGUACUCGGCUUCGGCCACUCACUUUGGACUGCCCAAAACCACUUGUUGAUUUUUGCAACAAGCCGAUGAUGCUUCAUCAGAUCGAAGCUCUUGUCGCCGCUGGAGUCAACCACAUCAUCCUCGCUGUCAGCUACAUGUCCGACAUGUUGCAGGAAAAGCUUGGCCAUCACGCUGACCGUCUUGGAAUCAAAAUUUCCUUCUCGCAUGAAACAGUUCCGAUGGACACUGCAGGUCCUCUCGCCCUCGCCCGAGACCUCAUCAAAGAAGGAAACGAUGGCAAGCCCUUUUUCGUCAUGAACGCUGAUGUCACUGCUGACUUUCCUUUCAAGAGCAUGCUCGAGUUCCAUCAGAAACACGGUAAAGAAGGUACCAUCGUCGUAACAAAGGUGGAGGAGCCAUCGAAAUACGGUGUCGUCGUCUACGACCGGGAAUCGGGACUUAUUGACCGCUUCGUGGAGAAGCCGCAAGUGUUUGUUUCGAACAGGAUCAACGCUGGAAUGUACAUCUUCUCCGAAAAGAUGCUCGAUCGAAUUCCAAACAAGCCCACUUCUAUGGAGCAGUACAUCUUCCCGCAGCUCACUUCUGAGAAGCAACUUCACUGCCUCGAAUUGGAGGGCUUCUGGAUGGACGUUGGACAGCCGAAGGACUAUCUUACUGGAAUGUGCUUGAAGCUCAAUUCCCUCAGACAAAACUCCCCUGAUCUUCUCGCCAGCGGGGAUGGAAUUGAAGGCAACGUCCUGGCCCACCCUUCUGUCAAAAUCGGAACCGGUUGCAGAAUCGGCCCCAAUGUUGUUCUCGGACCUGGUGUCGUUGUUGAAGAUGGAGUCAGAAUCAAGCGAUCUACUGUGAUGGACAACAGUAAAGUGAAGGCACACGCGUGGAUGGAAUCGACAAUCGUCGGCUGGGAAUCAACAGUCGGCUCCUGGACCAGACUGGAGAACGUCACCGUCCUCGGCAAGGACGUGAAAGUGCGCGACGAAAUGUACCUCAACGGCGUCCGUGUCCUGCCGCACAAGUCGAUCAAAGAGUCGGUUCCCGAGCCCGGCAUCAUCAUGUAA